CAAGAAAAUUGGAGAGAAAAUCCUUCUGUAAGGACAUAUUGGAGAAUGUCGGCCAUAUUGCUAAGAAACUGCAGCGGUGGUGACCUGCAUACGUUAAGAGGCUGAGCUGACGACCAUCUUUGUAAAGGAAGGGCGAAAGGAGGCAGCGUUGACGACCAUCUUAGUAUAGGAAGGGCACGGCCAUGUUGAGCAGUCGCAGCUUUCUGUGUGUUGCACUGUUUCUGGUCCUUCGGCUGAAUUCAACGUUGAAGCGGGAGUGCACGUGGAGAAGCACGAUUUAAGGGACUGUUUUUCAGUUUGAACAUGGAAGUGGAGAGGCCGAGGGAUGAAAUGUUUAAGAAGGAGAAGGAGCAGGAGGUGGAGAGGCUGAGAGAUGAAUUAUUCAAGAAGGAGCAGGAAGUGCAGAGGUUAAAGGCAGCGGUUGUCCACUUACAACAGGAUUCUCAUUCUGGAAAUACGUUUCCAUUACUGAAACAAGUAACAGAGAUGCCUCCAUUGGAAGAAAAGUCGCUCUCUAAUGAAGAGAUCCUGAGAUACAGCAGACAGCUCAUCAUCCCAGAGUUUGGAGUCAAAGGUCAGCUGAAUCUGUCUAAGAAGGCUGUUCUGAUUGUUGGAUGUGGAGGUCUAGGCUGCCCUGCAGCUCAGUACUUGGCUGCUGCAGGCAUUGGUCGAUUAGGACUCCUUGAUUAUGAUGAUGUGGAGCUUACUAACCUACAGAGACAGAUUCUCCAUACAGAAGAUAAGUUAGGCGUGCCAAAGGCAUUGUCUGCAGCAAUCAGAAUAAGUCAGCUAAAUUCAAAUGUUGAAUGCAUACCAUAUCAUUUUCAAUUGAGCUACAAGAACGCAAGGCAACUUAUUCAACAAUAUGACAUUGUAGUGGAUUGCUCUGACAAUGUCCCUACGCGGUUUCUUGUCAAUGACGCUUGUGUUCUGAAUGGGAAGCCACUGGUAUCAGCUAGUGCUCUAAGGAUGGAGGGACAGCUCACAAUAUAUAACUACAACGGUGGCCCUUGUUAUAGAUGCCUCUAUCCAAAGCCACCUCCAGCUGAGACUGUAACUAAUUGUUCUGACGGUGGAGUCUUGGGAAUAGUGCCUGGGAUUCUGGGAUGUAUUCAGGCACUGGAGGUGCUGAAGAUUGCGUCAGGGAUAGGAUCAUCUUACAGCCAACAGAUGUUAAUAUUUGAUGCACUGGAAGCUCGAUUUCGCACAAUUAAGCUUCGCUCCAAGCAGCCAACAUGUGCAGUGUGUGGUGACAAUCCAACGGUGAAAGAUCUGAUUGACUAUGAAAAGUUCUGUGGCUCAGCAGCAACAGAUCAGUGUAGGACACUUCAUUUAUUAACUGGAGAACAAAGAAUAACUGUACAGGAAUAUAAACAGCUUUUGGAUCAAGGUGUUCCUCAUAUUCUGGUUGAUGUUCGUUCUCAGGUGGAAGUUGAUAUUUGCAAACUACCUCAUUCCAUUUAUUUUCCAUUGGCUAAAUUAGAGGAAAAGAAUACUGAAUACAUGAAGCUUUUACAGAAUCGCAUCAUCACAAGUAGAAAGGAGGCAGUAGAUGAAACUGCUGCUUUCCCAGUCUAUGUUAUCUGUAAACAAGGGAAUGAUUCCCAGAAGGCUGUUAAGAUCCUGCAAGAGAUACUUGACAAUGAGCUCUCCUCGUUAUCGGUGAAGGAUAUCCAGGGUGGCCUAAUGGCUUGGGCUUCUAAGAUUGAUCCAACUUUCCCACAGUAUUGAUUGCUGGAAACAUGAGGAAGAGAAGGCAAUCAUUUAACACAAUUUUUAAAAAAUUAAAAUGCAUUAUUUAUUCAAUGCACUGUUAAUUGUCUAAAUGCAAAUGGGAAGUUAUUUUAACAUUCAGAUUUAUUUUGUUUGAAGUAUCAAUGAAGGAAAGAUAAUGCAUAUACUAUUUUCUGCAUUGGAUGUAUGUAAACUGGUUAAUAAGGAUGCAAGCAAUUUGGCAACGAGAUAAAAGUGUACAGAAAAUCUCACUAGUUAGGGUUGAUUAAUUUUGCUAAGUGUUUUGUGUUACAAACCAAAUGCUGUGCUGUCAUAUGACUAAUUAUGGAAUAUUGAGAAAAAGUCAAAAUUAAUCCUUAAGAUUUAAUUGACCAAUAAAUCACAA